AUACUAAGAUUUUUUAAUUAUAUAUGGAAAUUACAUCGUUAUUGCUAUUUAUGGAUAAAGAUGCUGCCACCUGUCAUCAAUGGCAUGAACAGUGUGUUUACAUAUAGAAAGUAAUAUGAGUGAAAAGAAAAGACAACGGUGAAACGACAUUUUGAGAACGAUCUUUUCAUGAUUCAAAAAUAUCAAAAAAAAUCAAAUGGCAUUCUACGAUAACGAACAUUGGCUUUUAUCACAUAUCAGGGAUAGUUUUUUAUCAACCGACAACACAGGCCAAUGCGAAAUGGUGAUGCUUGGAGAAGAUAUUCCUAAACAAUUAAAAUCGAAUGGUAUGUUACAAUGUUAUCCUGGCAUGGAAGAAAGCGAUGAUGAAGAUCUAGAUGCUCUUGCAGAAUCUUAUGAUAUACAAAUGGAUAUGGAAUACAGUCAUAGAGAACGUACAAACACUGCUCAAAGAUUAGAGAAAAUGGAUCUUGAAAGAGAAAAGGCUGCUAAGAUCAGUGUAAAGUGGAAAAAUGAUUCUGUUGUACCAGUCACUCAACAAUCAGAAUUGUUUCAAAGAAAAGAUUUUCGUAAAAAGACUGGUCAAACUAAAAGAUAUUCUCUUUUAUCUGAACAACUUGAAAAAUGUCCAAAUGUGCCACAAAAUCCAUUUAUAGAAUACGCUAAAUUUGAUGGUAGUGCACAAGUAGAUAUUCCUAUAAGAAAAUAUAGGAUAUUUAUGUGUAUGUUACCUAAAAAACAAAGAACAUAUCCUCUCCAUAUGAUUGUACUUGCUACAGCAAAAGUAUUAGAAUUCAUUGGAUUAAUCUGUUAUAAAUAUGCAAAUGAACAUCCAGAUCAUCCUUUAAAAGAUGAUAUUACAAGAUAUGGCUUAUAUUUUACUGAAGAUGAUGGAGAAGUUGAUUGGGAUUUACCCUGUUUAGAUCCCAAAGAAACAAUAUCUAAAUUUGAAUUUACAACAUUAGGUCUCGCAGAAAUGAAACCAAGUGAUAGAGCGCGACACAAUAUGUUUAGUUGGGUAGAAUUAAGAAGCGAAGAAGAUUUUCUAGAAGGUCAAAAUGAAGAACAAGAAGUUGCUGAAGAUUUGGCAAAAAUGGAAGGACAUACCACUGCUAUGGAAGCUCCAUUGUAUCAAUCAUACAGAGUAUACAUAAUUAACAAAGUCAGAACAAAGAGUGAAAUAUAUCUAGGAAUAUCAGGUGAAAAGAUUGAAAUUAAUCCAAUAAUAACUGGAAAAGGUGCAGGUCGUUUUUGGAAUAGACAAAGAGCUGUUAGUUAUCAAAUAGAUAAUAUUGCUUGGUGUGAAAUAACAGAAACAAAAGGAUCAAAAACAACUUUUACAUUAGUUUAUACACCACGCUCUUCUACUUCUGACAUUUUAGUAUCAUCUGGACAAAUGCAAUCUUUACAUCAAUCUGCAUCAUUUAAAAAUCAUGAAUUUGAAGCUGAUUCAAUGACCGCUGAAGAAAUUGUUAGAAAAAUAAAUCAUAUACUGGAAUUGCAUAAUAGUACAUCAAGAAAAGAAUAUUUAUCUCAAAAAGAAAGAAAAGCAACAAGACGAAAAAGUUUUCAUUUGCAUAGAUGACAGCUCUAUUGGUUUCUGUAUUCUAUUUUAAGUUAUUUAAAACAUUAAUUGUGUCAAUAUGAUAAGAAUUGAAACAAAUGUUUGUUUCAAUACAAAUAUAAUUCUAUUGUCAUUUUUCUA